AAAAGAAACUAAAUGUCUCCCACGAACAGUCCUUAUUCUAUCUGGUUAUUAUUAUACAUUUUCCUACUCAUGUCACGUGCAACAAUGUGGUGUCGGCGAACGGUUUUAAAACUGCAAUUUCGUAUUGACCACGGAAUCAUACAUUUCACGAAAUGUUAGGGACCACUGAUGCAGGAGGUUUAGUUAUAUUAUUUUACAACGAUUCAGAGCAGACAGCAGAAGUAAAUAAUACAUAAAGGUAAUUACUAAAUUGUUAAAAUUUUCGCAAUAUUCAGUAAAGUAUAACUAAUAACUAUAAAGUAAUACUUAGAACAAUAAUUACUAUUUAACAUGAGCGUAACUUGAAAAUCUAUUAGGGGGGCAAAUAUAUAGUUAUUUAUCAAUUAUUAUUGAAUAUUAUUAUAUUACUUACUCCUAAUUUAUUUUAGGAGAGCAAGGCCUCCUUUCGCUCCCCCCAAUUUACACCUAUGCUAUUCAGUAAUAAUAGUAAAUACUAAACUAUACCCCAUGGGCUAUAGAUUAAGCACAUUACACAGUACCCAAUGGCCAAUACCCAUAGUCACAUUCCCAUGCCUCUAGGCAGUCUAGGCUCUAACCGUCAGUCGGAAUAGAAGGGACUUGAGGCUUUAGGCUUGCACUUGCAGUUACUCUUAGAUAGAUUAUGGUUACUCUUGCAAUCACGUAACAGCAUUACCGCUACACUGUUCGUGGUUACAAGCUUACAUCAAGAAAGUUUAUCAGUUUAUCAGAAAAAACAUAAAACGACAAGUUGACAACCGUCUACAACCAUCAACUUUGCCGAUGUUGUCUCUAUUCUCUAAAUAAGCAAAUUUUUAAUUAUGCACAAACAACGAUUAGAUAGAUAUAAGUACUUAUUUAGACGUAGUUGAAUUUUAGUAAUACUGUUAGGAUGAUUAAAUUAUGAUUACGUUACAAUGUUUUCCUAGUCACUAUACAAUAAAUAUUUUUUUUUUCUCUACGGCUAAAAUUGAUCUCGUCUUCUUUUAUGACCGAACUGUGAGUUAUAAACAUGAAUAAACCUAAUAUUUCGCCUAAAAAAAAAUCGAGUUUGUUAAGUAUACUACACUUAAAGAAAAAAAAACCAACGACACCCGAAAUUGAUACAUCAAAACAAUCAUUUUAUCAAUUAGAUGGUCCAUAUCGUAAUGUCUCUAAUCCACUCAAUAGAAGCACAAAUGUUUCUUUAUGUUGUGCAAUUACCGAAACAACAAAGACACCGUCUGAUUUCCAAAAUGGAGAAAACUCGAAUGAACCUGAUGUAUGUUCUUGUGCAGUGGAACCCAAUACUUCUCAUAAACGUUCUUUGAGUCUGGGCUUACAUUCAACUAUUAACGGUGUAAAUUCAGAAUAUAAAGAAACUGAAUCAAAUGAACUAUCAACCCCUUCUUUGGAGAAAUGUGAGAGGUUACGGAAAAUGUUUAGCAAUGCACAACAUGUAUCUGCUGAUAGUAUAAUUAUUCCAAAAACCAAUAGUAUAAAUACAGCAGAUUCAAAGCCAAUUCGGCCAUCAUCUACAACUACUUUAACAGCAUCUGAAUAUUUAAAAAAAACUGAUACUAAAAAUAACUCAAUGGAUAGUUUAGCCAGACAGGCUUUAUUUGCAGUACAAGUAUUACAUCUUAUUCCCACAUCUGAUGUUAAAGAACGAAACUAUUUGCAUGGACGUAUUGCAGGAAAUUCUUUACUAGGAGCAAUGGAAUUGGAACGUGUCUUACAUAAUCGAGAAGUUCGUAUUUAUGUUGGAACAUGGAACAUGAAUGGCCAAGCACCUCCGCCUGAACUAAAUGAACUACUACUGCCUGAUACAGUUCCACAUCUGCCUGAUAUUCUUGCUAUAGGUACCCAAGAAAGUUAUCCUGAUAAGUUUGAAUGGGAAGUAAAUAUUCAAGAAACUAUUGGUCCAUCACACAUUCUUUUUCAUUCUGCUUCCUUAGGCACAUUACACUUGGCUAUUUAUAUUAGAAGAGAUUUGAUUUGGUUUUGUUCUGUUCCUGAAGAAUCAAGUUUUAGUACUCGACCAGGAACUGCAUUUCGAACAAAAGGUGCUGUUGCUAUAUCAUUUUCUUUAUUUGGAUCAUCAAUUUUAUUUAUAACAUCACAUCUUACUGCACAUGUAGAAAAAGUUAAAGAACGUUUACAAGAUGUGCGUAGAAUUAUUAAAUCUUUGGAACUUCCAAAACUUUUGCCUGUUAAGCAUAAAACAAAAGAUGUUACUAAUAAUUUUGAUUAUGUAUUUUGGUGCGGAGAUUUAAACUUUAGACUGGCCCAUUCGCGACCUGAAGUAAUGAAAUGGGUAACACAGCAUAGAUUUCCUUUAGCUUCUCCUAUGCAUCAAACACUUUCAGAUCAACUAAAUGACUGUAUUUCAAACGGUUUGGUAUUUCGUGGAUUUCAAGAAGGCCCAUUAACGUUUGCACCAACAUAUAAGUAUGAUCCAGGAACUGAAAUGUUUGAUACAUCUGCUAAACAAAGAACACCUUCAUAUACAGAUAGAAUUCUUUAUAAAUGUGGAAAACAACAGGUUCUGCCAAGUCCUACAGGAUCCACUUGUACUUCAUCUAGUAUUGAAUGUUUAACUUACUGUUCAGUUCCAUCAGUAUGUACUUCUGAUCAUAAACCAGUUUGGGGUCUUUACAAAUGUUCGAUUCGGCCGGGCAUUGAUACUAUGCCUUUGGCUGCUGGACAAUUUAAUCGUGAAGUAUACUUGGAAGCAAUCAAAAGACGAGCAGCAAGUAUGGACAAACGUGUUGGAACCUCUGCUGUUUGUAAUGUACAAUAACAAAAAAAAAAACUGUUAAGUCUAAAAAUUGGCAAAAAGUGAUAAAAUCUUCUUAAAAGGGUACUAUAUAUUAGUUUGUAGAAUGUUAUAUAAAGGGGGAUCAAAUAACUAAUCAUUUAUAUUAAUCAAAAGUGAUUAAAUAUUAAGGAGUUAAAUGACAUAUAAAUAACGCACUAAAAGACUGCAUGUAAAAGAUAAAACAAACAGCUAUAUUAAAUUUGCUUGACUGUCUAUGGUGCUUUCAUUUUAAUAUUAUUUUUUAAUAAUUUUUUUGAAGUUUUAUAGAUAUUUUAACCUUACCAAAGUAAUUUUGUCUAGUCAAAAUAAAUUGUAAUUUUAAGUGCAAUUUUUAUGCCACUUACCACUUAUUAUAAUCCUUUUCUUGCUAUUAUUUUAAUUUUUACCUGUUUAUUUUACUACACCUAGUCUUUAAUCUUAUUGUAA